CAAGCGCAGGCGGUUCAUUCAACGGGUCCCCCAACGUCGCGUUGACGCUUGCAAAUGAUUUUGUCGUGAGUAUUUGAAACUGUCGGACCGACAUCAAGCGAGCGUGGACGACGACGAGUUGCGUUGAAAGCACUUUUGGGCACACUCGCUGAAGCCGACUGCGCGUAAAAGUUGUGUGAAAUGUCUCCCAGCAACAAAGUUGAAAUACUUUGUAGUCCGAGGUAGCACUUUGACUUUCCUCGUCCGGGCGUCGUCAUGGACCCGAGGCGGCUGCUCGCGGCCGUCGGGACCGCUUGGCUCUGCUCGCUGCUCUUCUAUCCGGCGGCGGUGUGUCGCGAUAAGACGCACUCUCACGCCGAGGACGAGCUCUUCGAGACGCUGUUCGCCGGCUACAACAAGUGGUCCAGACCCGUGCCCGACAUCUCCGACGUGGUCAUCGUCAAGUUCGGACUGGCCAUCGCGCAGCUCAUCGACGUGGACGAGAAGAACCAAAUGAUGACGACCAACGUGUGGCUCAAACAGGAGUGGAACGACUACAAGCUUCGCUGGAGGCCGUCGGAUUACGACAACGUGACGUCCAUCAGAGUUCCCUCGCAACUCAUUUGGGUCCCGGACAUCGUCCUGUACAACAAUGCGGACGGCGAGUUCGCGGUGACCCACAUGACCAAGGCGCACCUGUUCCACACGGGCGCGGUGCGCUGGGUGCCGCCGGCCAUCUACAAGAGCUCGUGCAGCAUCGACGUCACCUUCUUCCCCUUCGACCAGCAAAACUGCAAGAUGAAGUUCGGCUCGUGGACCUACGACAAGGCCAAGAUCGACCUGGAGCGCCUGGAGACCUCGGUGGACCUCAACAACUACUGGGAGAGCGGCGAGUGGGCCAUCGUCAACGCCGUGGGCACCUACAACACCAAGAAGUACGACUGCUGCCACGAGAUCUACCCGGACAUCACCUACUUCUUCAUCAUCCGCCGCCUGCCGCUCUUCUACACCAUCAACCUGAUCGUGCCCUGCCUGCUCAUCUCCUGCCUCACCGUGCUGGUCUUCUACCUGCCGUCCGACUGCGGCGAGAAGAUCACGCUGUGCAUCUCCGUGCUGCUCUCGCUCACCGUCUUCCUGCUGCUCAUCACCGAGAUCAUCCCGUCCACCUCGCUGGUCAUCCCGCUCAUCGGCGAGUACCUGCUCUUCACCAUGAUCUUCGUCACGCUCUCCAUCGUCAUCACCGUCUUCGUGCUCAACGUGCACCACCGCUCGCCCAACACGCACAAGAUGCCGCGCUGGGUGCACGCCAUCUUCUUGGAUCUGGUGCCCAGGUGGUUGUUCAUGAGGAGGCCGGCGCCCGGCGCCAGGCGCCGCCGGUCGCUGGAUGAGAGGCGGCGGCGGCGGCGGCGGCGGCGGCGGGGUCGGGCGGCGGCGGCGGCGGCGGGCGUCAGCACCUCGGCCAGCUGGGGCAAAGACGCUCCCUCGCCGUCCCUGGAAGAUCUGGAGCUCGGGACGCUCACGUCCUAUUUCUCCCUCCGCCCGCCGUCGCCGCCGCCGCCGCCCCCGCAGAACGUCGGGCGGCUGUCCGGAAGACGGGCCGGGAGCGCCUGCGGCCGAGUCUCCGCGUGGGACUUCCCGCUCUCGCCGGGCGUCGCGCACGCCCUGGAAGGAGUGCGCCACAUCGCCGAGCACCUGAGGGCGGAGGACGCCGACUUCAGCGUGAAAGAAGACUGGAAGUACGUCGCCAUGGUGAUCGACCGCAUCUUCCUGUGGAUGUUCAUCAUCGUGUGCCUGCUGGGCACCGUCGGCCUCUUCCUGCCGCCUUGGCUCGCUGGCAUGAUUUAGAGGCCCCCGUCCACGAUGGCGCCGAUUUUAUAUUUCAAACCCUCGAAUUAGCCGAACUGUGCUCAUGCUAACAUUAGCAUUGCUAGCAUUCUGCACCCGUCCGCAUCAACACGACCCGCGUACAAUAACGAAGGCUAGCGUGCGAGCUGCCGCGCUCGUACGCGCCUGAUUUAUCAUCAUCUCAACGGGGACCCUAAACAAACAACCUUGUGGUUACACGAUAUUGC